UUUCAACAAUUGAUGAACUAACUCUCACAUAAUGCAAGUUUCAAAGCUUCUAAGACCCAUCUCCACUCAACUGCCGAGCUUCUACAUCUCCCGAUCGGCCCCGCACUCCCGGGCCUUAAAUCGCAUCACCGGACCGCCCGUAAUAAACACGACCCUCUCACACAUCAACAUCAAAACCUUCUCGUCAGCCAAAAUGGAGUUUCCACCCUUCCACAAUUCAAUCCUCUGCCCUGCACUUGACCUGGUGCCAGAGAACGCACCACCUGAUCUGUUCGCCACGGAAUUAUCCUUCUUUGCUUCCCAUCCAUGGACGGCUUCUCUGCUCUGCGCGCCUGAUGCAAUCCCUUUUCUUCCUUCAUGUCGCGUUCCAAAGUCACAAGCGCAUGAUCAACUUUUUGGGAACACACUCAAUAAUUCUCGUGGCUUGGGGCAUUUCAUCAGUUUCUUUCGUGCGCCAAGUCUUGAAGUCGCCAAGGAUCCUACACAUAAUGUCACUGAGAUCGCGGUGCUUGUAUCGGUGGGCGAAGGUGUAAGUGGCUAUCCCGGGAUGGUCCAUGGCGGAAUCGUCGCAGCGUUGUUAGAUGAGUCAAUGGGUACCAUCUUUGAUUUGAACGGGACUUUGGGUAAAGAGGCUAGGGCGUUCAAGACGCAUAGUGUGACGGGUGGUAUAGAUGUGAAGUAUCUCAAGCCUGUGCCAACAGACAGCGUUAUCUGCAUCACAGCUGUUGCAGAAGAGAUUAAUGGCCGAAAGACAAAGGUCAGAGGUGAAAUGAAGGAUGAGAAGGGCGAAGUGCUGGCGACUUGCUCAAGCCAAUGGGUAGCACUCAAACCAAGCUUAUGAUCAAAGGAGGUUGGCAAACAUAUAUGGUGGUGAGCAGACUCCUGGACUAGAAUAAGACUUUAUUACUGCCUAGACAUAAGAAAAAAAGGUAUCAAGGAAUGCAAGAGUAACAAAGCAAAAGUGGUAUAUGAAAUCCAUACAGGAACCUUUCGCCAAUACCGACAAGUCCAUCUAAUCAAGGUACCCAUUAUUUCGGCCGUUAGUCAUAACCCGAUCAUUUAGAACUCUCUCCUCUCUCCGACUUCAACCCAGGAACAUACGACUUGACCGCAUCUUUAACCUUGUGGGGGUCUUCCAAAGCUUCGUAGGCGGCCUCUCGCUUACUCUUGUGUCCCUGCUGCCAAGAUUCCUCUCGGUCAUCCAACUCACUCUCGGCUGAGCUGAUACUGCUCUGGCUUCUGUUCAUGACCAUGUUGAUCAUUCUGCCCUCGUUCUUCUUGACGUUGCGCUGGUUCUCCUUCAUAUCCUGCAGCUCCUGAUCCUCCCAGUGCAUCGUAAUUAUACCCAGUCCUGGCAAGUUCUUCUCGAGAAACUCCUUCAGAUACGGCAGAGUUGACUUGUCCGGUCGGUAUGUUCCGGAAUCGUUGUCGAUGAUCAGUUGAUAAUAUGCAGGAUCGUGUGGAGGAUGUUCCUUUGGUGGACCUCCAGGGAUAUCUUCCUGUGGGUGUGUCUUGGUAUGAGGGUGUACAUCAUCUGAAGAAAGAGGCUUCUUAAGCCGUCGAAUGAAGAAUUCACCUGAACAGGCGAUAUACGUCUCAACAUCUGAAUGCAUAGUGUGCUUGCUCAACAUGUCGAUACCGAAUUCUUUACCAGUCUCUGUAAAUCUGAACAUGCCGUCCAAGGUCAGAACAUAGGUAAAGUGCCUUAUUCAGGAUUGUGCCGCGCAGGCCCGCU